CUCUUAUUAGCCUCAUCAUUAUCCUUUGGAUUUAUCAUCAAGCGAGCCUGGUACACAUACGAAGCAUAGCUCGCGGCAAGAUAUAGCUAUCCUCCACCUAUAUAGGUAGGGGAUUAUUUAAAUUACUUUACCCCCCUAAAUUGCCUAUCUACCAAUAAAUCCACCUUGAUUUAUCCUGGUUUCCAUGUAUUGAUGAUACCUGUUGCGCAAUGUACGACGUCCCACUUAUGAAGACACCCGGCCAAGUUUGUUUCAAUAGUUAAGAUUCACUCAACUAUUACCACCUCCAUUCUAACCCACAUAUAUCGCUCGCCUUGAACAACUAAACAUCGGUAACAUGGCGAGGAGCCCGGGUUAUGUUAUUAUAAAGAGCUCGAUACCACGAGUCAUCGCCGAGGAAGCUGCGGAGUCAGUCUUGCAAUCACCCCUGAUACAAAAGCAUGAGAAAUACACCGAACACAAGGUCCCAAAUAUCUGUAUGAAAAUGAAAGAUGAUUUCAUGAAUGUGGUCGACCGUAGUACUAUCGCCUCUCUGAUGGACCCAAAGCCCGUUCCAAAAGGCCCGAAUGAUCUCUUCGCUGGCCAGUUUCACGAAACGAAUGCAGAACCGACGAAGCUGAAGACAGCCCAGAAAGAUCAAGUUUAUGCCACGAUAGCUCUAACAGAUCUAAGCCCUUCAAAUGGCUGGUACACUUUUUAUGAAGAUUCGCACUCCCGAACAAGACCUCUGUCAACAUUGGUUGCGCCAAAUCUAAAGGCUGGUGAUGCUAUGGUCUGGCGAGGGGAUUUAGUAUAUAUUCAUUCAUCUGGGGGAGGUGGAGUAUUUCUAACAUUAGUUUUCCAAUAAUUUUGAAAUCAAUGCAUGUUGCCAGCAAAUUAAUAUAAUGCAGCUUAGCUCAGCUCCCUUGCGGCUGACGCAUAGUCAAUUUUAAUUCAAGUUAUAGUCCCAAUAAGACGAUCUAGCCUGUGUCGUGUCGCAGUGAUCUAUUGGCUCAGAG